ACCUACUCUAUUUGGGCUAGUAGCUGUAAAAACAAGACAGAGUGCAAUGAACUACAUCCUUCUGUUUCUGUGUUGCAGAUUUUAGCUUUCAUCCUCAUCAGGAACAUUCCUGGAUAUGUCCGAUCUGUGUAUAGCUCAUUCUUUGCCUGGUUUGGCAAAAUCUCUCUAGAGCUCUUCAUUUGCCAAUACCAUAUUUGGCUGGCAGCAGACACAAAGGGCAUCCUGGUGCUCAUUCCUGGAUAUCCCAUGUUUAAUGUUCUUGUCAGCACUUUUAUAUUUGUGUGUGUGGCACAUGAAAUUUCUCAGAUCACUAAUGAUCUAGCGCAGAUCGUGGUUCCUAAAGACAACUCAACUCUGCUAAAAAGGUUGAUAUGCAUAGCUGGAUUUUUUUCUGGACUACUCCUCUUCUCAGCAAUGCAAGAUCAGUCAAGGCAUUAACCAGAAAAGAUUCCUGGAAACUUUAUUCAGGCUUACUUUGUGUCUGCCUGAACAAAACUUCUCAGCUGGAGGUACAGGAAGACAUUAAAACAAAGCGUGUGGAAAAUGUAUAUAGUGCAAAUGUACAUAUUUUGCGUGGAAAUGGCCGCCUCAAGAGAAUCUGAGACAGAAGAAUGCACUGUACAGAAUUGCAUGUGAAAACGAGUCUUUUCUACUGGAUAUAUGUUUCUGUUUACAGAUCUGUUUAAACGUGACACAAAGUGAAGUUAAAUGGUUUAGCAAUAUCAUGUGCAUAUCAUGGAAUUAACUUUC